GCAGUGACUAGAAUCUGUAAUGGAUUACUUAUUUAGCAAUAAAGCUUUGUCAGAGUUACUUUCUAGCACUGAUGUACGUUUGUUCAUUCUCUUAGACAGAAAAAAAUACCAAAAUUUAUAUAUUAUAGUGCUUUCGUUUUUCCUUUUUGUUUUUGUUAAUAUGUUACAACAAGUUCUUUUUCUUGAACAUAACGCUGGUUUAAAUUAACACGUUUAUUAAGUAGACACAAUAAGAAGAAAGCUUAAUUACAAUUUAUCACUUUAGCGUUGGUCAAGCAAUCUUGCAGGGAAACCUAACAGCAUAGGGAAAAAAGCAAACCAGGCGGUAUUUAUCUUGUUAUCAUAUAUUGUUCACAUAACAAGCAAGACCUUACGUUGAGGCUUGUUAAUACACGCUUACAAUUCCCUUUUAUCCGGUAAAAGUUUAAAUUGAUGAGUUCUUAACCAUCUCGUUUUUGACAAUUUCGAGUCUGAAACAAUCCGUUUAAAGAGAUAUUCUUUUAUUUGCGAAAUCGAUUCAGCUAUAGCAGGAUUGUUUAUACAUCAUCUUCGACUUGUUGUAGGUAGUUUCUUGAAAACGCCAUGGACGAAACAAAUGUUGCGGAAAACGAAAGCAAUAGGAGUCCCUGGUCCCUAAAACUCUCCUCCAGCAUAUCAACUCCAUUGGCCCCAUGCGUUCAGUGUUGUCAAUUCGAUGGCAUACUACUACAAGAGCCUGUUUCAGCAAUGGACUUUCGUACCCAAGAAAAAGUUUUGAUUUCGGAUGUCCUAAAUGCAUUGAUGGGAAUGCAGGGAACUUACGUACGAUUGCAAAAUGCACAACGUAACAUGGAUGGCUCCGUAUCAGAUCAAAAAGUCUUCAAGCUUGUCCCAGGCUUCCAUCCAAGUUUGGCUGAUAUUGCUAGCGAAAUAGUGCUCAUGGGAAAUCACCUUAUAGCCAUCCAGGCGUUUGUCAACGAGUAUUCUGCGUUUGAGUACGGACGUGUGAACAACGCCUUGUGCGCUGCCAUUCGGAAUCUUUGUCGUGAAUAUUUGCUACUAGUUACUCAGUGCGAAAGGCAAAGCAGCGUUGACACAGGAUUUUCACUUCAGACGUUACGUCUUUAUACCCUUCCCACCGCUCAAUCUCUUUCGCAUUUGUACUCCCUUACAUGUGACCUAAUAUUAGAAACCAAGCUUGCACAAAAAAGAAACACCGAACUGGAUCUCAGUAACAUUGACAAUAUUCUUGAACGACUUAACGAGGGAAACGGAAUUACUGACGUUUUCAACAAUCCACCCGGCAAACGAUCUAUAUGCAAGGGUGGUCGCGUUUUGCGAUUCCUAUCACAACGAAUUGAGCAGUAUGCGGGGGACCCAGGAAUCCGCGAGUUGCUUACUUUUAUUUUCCACGAAUCUUCAAAACCAUACACAGAGAUGCUCAAUUACUGGAUCCAUCGGGGUGUCAUUGAAGAUCCAUAUGAAGAAUUUAUGAUUAAGGCACAUCGUGGCAUCACAGCAAUUAAUAUUGAUGACGAUUAUACUGACGAGCUAUGGGAAAAGCGGUACACCAUCCAAGACGAGCUCGUCCCGUUACAAUUAGAACCGUUGAAAGACAAAGUCCUGUUGGCGGGAAAGUACCUAAAUGUAGUUCGCGAAUGCUACAGUAGCAUGGACAAGCCGUGGAACGCAGAUAAUAUCAGUGAAAGCUUGUGGCCAACUACGUUUGAUAAUGAUGUUUUCAUGGAUGCAUUUCUGAAAGCUUAUGGUUACGCCAAUGAGUCAUUGCUGCAGGUCCUGAAAUCUACACAGUCGCUGUACGCUCACUUGUAUUCAUUAAAACAUUAUUUCUUUCUCGAUAAAUCUGAUUUCUUUACCAGUUUUCUGGACAUUGCAGGUCACGAAUUGCGAAAGAAUGCCUCUCAAAUUUCCGUUUCACGACUCCAAUCACAACUUGAACUGUCACUUAGACAGCCAGGCACUUUAACGCUGCUUGAUCCGAACAAGGAAUACGUUGGCGUUGAGAUUAACCAAACUUCCCUUCUGGACUGGCUGCUACAGAUUGUUAGCAUCAACGGUCUCGAAGAAACAAAUCUUGCACGCGAGCCGGUCCUUUGGCUUGAAGACAACAGCAUUCAGCAUGCAGAAGUAGGCGACAUCGACAAGUCAGGCUCGAGAAGGGACGGAUCGCGCCCACCGGCUUCAAAAGAAAUCGAUGGAUUCCAUGCAAUGCAGUUGACAUAUCGUGUCCCCUUUCCACUCUCUUUAAUUUUGUCCCGAAAAGCGACUAUCCGCUACCAACUGUUGUUUCGAUUUCUGCUCAUGCUUCGGCACAAUGAGAUGCAACUUGAGUCUACAUGGAUUCACUUCACCAAGCAGGCCAUUUGGAACCAGAUUUCGUCUUCACGCCGUGUGGAAGUUUGGAAAAAACAUAUAUUUCAAUUACGCGUUCGCAUGCUGUUUCUUGUUCGUCAACUUACUUACUACUGCACUGCGGAAGUCAUUGAGCCAAAUUGGACCAAGUUCAUGGAAGGCCUUGAAAAGGCUCGAACAGUGGAUGUCUUGAUGCAAAAGCAUGUUGACUUCUUGGAUACCUGUCUCAAGGAAUGCAUGUUAACAAACUCAAAAAUGCUUAAGGUUCUGUCCAAGCUGCUGACGACCUGUACAAUGUUUGCUUCGUACACCUCAACGUUUACGCGGUCGCUCACGCUGAUCCAAAAAGGCAUUGCCGACACCGGUUCCCUUGAUGAAGCACGCAUGGCCAAAAUGGAAGACGUGCUUCGAUGCUAUGAUGAAAACUACUCCCACAACUUGAAGGUGUUCCUCGAUGCAUGCAGCUACUUUGCUAGCAUUGAAACAGCAGCACUGCUAAGCUUGGUGAUGCGUCUGACUACCUAGGCAAGCUUUGCCGGACAAUCACUAUUGGGAGUAACCCGUUCUACAACCCUGUCUUUCACUCGGCACUUUCUACAAGCGACUCAACGAUGUCAUUCUUGUGUCCCCAUGGAUAAAUAAUGUCACCGUUAAAAUCCGACAUGCGAAACAUGAACAUCGCACCUUAGAAAACGCCUUUUCUUCAUCGAAACCAUCCCUCCAUCCCUGCUUUUCACAGCGAUCCAUCCUACCACGCAACCCGAAACCCUUUCAACAGCGCAUUCUAUUUGCAAUGUUCCAUCGUCCCAUCUAGUAUGACUUCUACAUAACGUUCUCAGCAACACAAUUCGCCUCACUGCUCUUUGUUCAUACGUACUUCGCUAAUCCACAAACUUUGUUCGGCAUCUCGCUUCUUCACAACCUUGUCUCCAUCUGCUGACCGUUUCCUCCAAAAGAUAAAAACCUAUUGGAGAUCAACCAUAUGAUCGGCGCAACUAUAAUGUCAGCAGCUCGACCUAUUGCGACAGCGCUAUCCAACGACCGUUUCCUGGUCUCGUCAAAGAUUAGCUGAAACCAAUCCUGGCGUGCUUAUUUACAAAAUAUCCCUGUUCGCAAAAUUGCGGCCUCGCUUACCGCGAACCUUGCUUCUAUUGUUCAAUAACGGGUCCGCCCAGCGUAACGCAAUAUUACCAAAUGCUUCGGCACUCGCGGUUGCAAUUGGCAAUCCCGUACUGCUACAACUUAUCUGUGCAUAUU